AUGUUAACUCGCUCUGAGGAUGUUCGUCUUAUGACGGACGAAUGGUUAGCACCUUGUCACCGGAAUCGAAGGAGAUCACUUCGGAAACAGCGCCAGCACGAAUGUUCCAGUAAAGCCAAUCGACGGCUGGUCAAGCUUAAUCGGUCGUCGUCUUCUCGUGAAAUCGACGUUCAAAUCUCUUCACCAAACACUUCCACUCGAAAUGGAAGUAAUCUCUAUGAAUAA